AUGCAAAAGAAUGUAUCGUAUCAGACUAUCAGUAUAAGGGAAGAUCGAAUAAGUUCAUUACCAGAUCCUAUUCUUGGUCAGAUACUCUUGAAUCUGUCUACAAAAGAUGUUGUUAAGACAAGUCUUUUGUCUACUAGAUGGAGAUCAGUUUGGCGUUCGGUUCCCGGGUUAGAUCUUGCUGACUAUGAACUCUCGGAUUAUAGUUCCUUUGUGAAUUUUGUCAAUAGCUUCGUUGAGUUCUCUGUUGUGUCACCUAUUGUAAAGCUAAAGCUUACUUCUAAGAGAGAGAGGAGUGAUCCCUUGGCUAUCAACUCAUGGGUGGAUGAAGCUGUUACACGUAAACUUCAACAUCUUGAGAUUAGGAGAUGUAAUGGUUUUGAGCUUCUGCCAAUUAGUCUAUUUGUCUGCAAGACUUUGACAAUGCAUCUAGAAGGAGUUCGGUUCACAAAUCAUGCGGCGAUAGAGACACUUAUCGCGUCUUGUCCAGUUCUAGAGGAUUUGAGCAUAGUUCAAAAUGAUUUGAAGGCUAUACGUGUGUUCUCUGACACAAUAAGUAGUAUCAAUCUGGUUCGCGAUGUUAGUUUUACCAACCAUCAGGACGUUGAGAAGUGUGAAGUUGAGAUUUAUUCGCCUAGACUCAAGUAUUUGAGUCUUAAAGAUAACAAAUCCUCAAGCUUCACCAUAUACAACUUGUGUCCAUCUGCCAAGGUAGAUAUCGCUGUUGACUUCAAUGUGAAAGGUGUUUUGGAUCCAAAUGACUCGGGAAAGAGAAGUUUUAUUCGUAAUUUCCUCAACAUGAUCUCAAGUGUCCAUGACAUGAUCAUAUGUUGGAAAACUCUUAAGGAGCUUAAUGGUUGCACUAAGAAGAAAAAGCAAAUAAGUAUCUCAUAUGUGCCUUGGUGUUUGUUUUCAAGCCUAGAGAGUGUCGAGAUGAAAACGCCAAUUCGUGGAACUCGAGUAGAAAUGGAACUGAUAAAGUAUUUCCUCGAGAAUUCAAGAUUUCUCAAGAAACUUUUUCUGCGAGUGGCCGGUGGUACGAUGAAAGAAGAGUAUAUCAUCUUCAUGGAAAUUCUAAGGUUCCGAAGAUGCUCUAGUGCGUGUCGAGUCAAUGUUGUUGGACUCGAAGAGACGAUGCUGAAACUAUGA